AUGGACCGUUAUUCGUGGUCGAACAAUAGCCAUCGUCCCCAAGCUAAUUACAGUACUGGGCAACCUCAAUCCCAUAAUCAAACUGUAUUCAACCGAGUAUUUACACACACAAAUUAAUCCCAGUUAUCGGUAGCACUAUAGUUUGCAACACACUAUUAUAAAGGCAGGGACGAUUGUAAAUCCGUAGCUGAUGGUUCCACACUUGUUCUCUUGAGAUCUUUUCGUCACCUCUUUGAAGCGCCCCUUCAGGAGAAAAGGUGUUGAGGGUUUGGGGCCAGGAGGGAAAGAUAAGAAAGCCGGAGCUGUCCGCACUAGUUAGGUAUUGUGCAGUAUUGACCGGGGGACUUAUAGUCUGUUGUAAGUGUCUUUAGGUUUCCAAUGCUGGAUUCCCAUAGGCUAUUUUGCGAUGUCAGCGCAAAAAGCCACUUGACUGUGUUUGGGCUCUCUGGUAAACAUUAAUCAAUCGGUGACAGGAAUGUCUGGAGACUACUUCAAGACUACUUCACAAGUUAGUCUUCUCUUCAAUAAUGCGCCAAGACGAUUACAGGCAAUCAGCUCUCAACAUGAGAAGCAACAAGAAGAACCAUCAGAUCUUAUACCGAAGAAUAAGUCUUCCACUGGUCAUUAGGGUUGGAACAUACUGAGUCACUUGGACUGGAGGACUUCGCAGCUUCGAUGUUGAGAGGCUGUACGCAUUGAUGUGGAGUUGACAGCAUUUGUUAUCAUCACCUCGCAAUUUGGAGGCUUGCCGGUAGAAGGUCCCAUGUCUUGUAACUUUGAUGCCCAUCUAACCCACUUUACAAAGGAGUCUAAUCAAGAGAUUGGUGGUACUUGGUGAGAAAGUGACCUGGUUGGUGUUCCUGCAAGAUCAAGGUAGACGUUGAGCCUGAUAUACACGUGAGCUUUAGCGACUAGCUGCACUCAUUGCACUGGAACGACGUGCCGUCAACUCAUCGAGGUACUGAGAACGAAGCUAUGCUCACCACAAGUAGUACAGCCGUAACGUGCAGGCAGUAACUGUAAACCAACCAUCCAUAAGUUCUAUGAACGUUGAACGUUGCCUUGCAUGUGAGCCUAUGGAUAUAAUGUAUUGGUGAGCUUUGGGAUCCCACUGCAUCAGCAUACACACCCAAAGGAAAUCACUUGCAUAUUUUACUUGGACCAUCAACAAACUAUCGAAGAGGUCGUGAGGUGUGCCAUCGGGCCUGCUGGUCGCUCUAGCUGGAAAGGCAUCUCCGACGCCUUAGUGAUGGUGCUAUAUUGGCCCGUGUGAGCAGCAAAUCAACAAACCCAUCCAUAGUGGCACAUAUGCAUCCAACAGUAUCAAAACAAACCACAAGAAAAACCAACGUGUUAAUCUGAACAAAAUAUACAGUCAAAUAAAACCUUGUUUAACCUCUUCAAAAGAUUCAGCAGCAAGGGGAGGAUCGGUGUACGCCUCUGUUGACUUUUUAUUGCUAAGAUAUUUUUAGCACCGAACACAACCCAUCAUGGCGCAAACUAUUGACUCAGUGGCUGGAUGUGAUGUGGUCCAAAGCGAAAUCAGCAAAGAAACAAGAUCGUCCAAUGGUAGCAACAACAACAACAACAACAACAAUGUGAGAUGUUGUGCUGCAUGUGGUUGUAAGAUCAUCGACAGGUUUCUUUUACACGCUGUGGAUAGGUUUUGGCAUACAGGCUGCCUCAAAUGUACAUGUUGCAGUGUUCAGCUUGGAGAAGUUGGACCUUCUUGCUUCUCUAAAGGGGGAAUGAUUCUCUGCAAAAAAGACUAUAUUAGGUUGUUUGGUGUGAGUGGCGCAUGUGCAGCUUGUGCUCAGCAGAUCCCAGCUAGUGAACUCGUCAUGCGCACACACAACAAGGUUUAUCAUCUUAAAUGUUUCUCGUGUAGUUCGUGUCACAUACAACUGGUACCCGGCGACAGGUACACAUUGAUCAACGGCAGCCUCGUAUGCGAAAAUGACCACAGUAAGCUCUUCAAAGCACAUGGCAUGACAACAGUUGCAGGGUUUAGGCCAGGUCUGUUGAGGAUGGAACUUGGUAGAUUGUGUGGAAGGCCAGCCGUGAAUUGACACUAAAUCCUACAAGAAAGACCGCUGCAAACGAUUGAAGUGACACACAAUGGACACACGAACACACAGAGUCAAUGGACACAAUGAACAAUGCUGUACUCGUCUAUUAUGGUGUGUUGUCACUUCAUUUCGUACAUGGACCAAGGUUGAACUUAUUGAUGAGAUAUCAUCAUGUACAUUAAUCAAGAUAAUGUAACCCAAUUUGUCUACAAGACUAUGGGACUCGCCAUCUUGAGGCAUUGACCAACACACAACUGAAUAUCAUGGAAGGCAACUUACAAUACCUUGUAUAUUUGUUACAAAAAUGAAUUGUUUGUGUUGAUAUUACCAUACCCAGUGUUCCUGUAUGUAUAUACUGAUCAUUAAUUAAAUGAAAUUAAACUACAAAGUGAUAAAACAAUACCACAUAGAACAAUAGACCUUUAUCACGGUGUGGUCAUCUUGAUUUUACUCUAUUCCAACUCAUUGUAACUAAACUGAGGCUAGA